AUGAAGCUCCUCGCCUUGGCCAGUUUGGCUUCUGUAGCCAUCGCUACCAAAACGCCUCCCAGUUCACUUGACACUGCAAAUCCAGAUUCAAUCCGAGAUGUAGCAGGCACCCUCGCCUUCGAUGCCAUGAAGUACUACAGCGGCAACACAUCAUCAGUACCCAAAGAUCUCGGCGACCUUCAAGAUCCAUACUACUGGUGGGUAGCUGGUGCCCUAUGGGGUGUCAUGCUCGACUAUUACCACCUUACCGGAGAUUACAGUUACAAUGAUGUUGUCAUCCAGGCUCUUCUGGGUCCUACAAAUCUCGGCGCUGGUAAGGACUACAUGCCUGCAGAGCAUGCCGACGAGGAGGGUAACGAUGAUCUCUUCUUCUGGGGCUCAGCCGUCCUCUCCGCUGCUGAGCGAAACUUCCCUCAGCCCAACAAGAACCUCCCAUCAUGGCUCGAUAUCAGCAUCAACGUAUUCAACGAGCUUGCGGGCCGCUGGAAUACAACAGCUUGUGGCGGUGGUCUCUUGUGGCAGAUCUACCCAAGUAACCCGAAUGGCAUGACAUACAAAAACUCAGUCAGCAAUGGCGGUUUCUUCCAACUCGCAGCACGUUUAGCUCGUAUCACUGGCGACAACAAAUAUCUCGACUGGGCUCUCAAGAUCUGGGACUGGUCCUGGGAAGUCGGCUUCAUUGAUCACCGCAAUUAUCACGUCUAUGACGGAGCCAGUGUAGAAGACAACUGCCAGAAGACAACAUACCAUUCUUUUACUUAUACCAGCGGUAUAUAUCUUUACGGCGCGGCGGUUCUCGCCAACUACACCGAGAAGCCAGAAUGGGUCGAUCGCUCAAAGCGUCUCUUAGAGGGCACCGAUUGGUUCUUUUCGCCAUUUCCCAACGCGACCAAUGUCAUGUACGAAGCUGCUUGCGAGACUGUCAACACAUGCAACGACGACAUGUCCACCUUCAAGGGUUAUCUAGCACGAUUCAUGUACCUGUCUAUUCAGAUGCAGCCCGCUCUGAAGGAGCAUGUCCAUGCUCAUCUUCUCCCAUCGGCCAAGGCUGCUGUCCAAACAUGCACAGGAGGGAAGUCUGGCCGUGAGUGUGGUAUGCGAUGGUACAACUCCGGUUUUGAUGGCAAUCCCGGUCUCGGGCAGCAAAUGUGUGCGCUUGAAGCUGUUCAGGGCCUGCUGCUCAGUGAUGCUCCUGCGCCGCUCAAGGGCGAUGAUGUCAAGGUCGUCCGCAGCACAGACUGGGCUGCCAUGGAAAAGGACGAUUCCAAAAUCAAGAGUACACCAACAUCCUCGUCAGAGACAUCAUCAGCAACUGCAGCUCAGCCUACAAAGAGUGAGGAUGCUGCUAGCAUCCCCCGGGCCGAUCUCGUUCUGGCUUCGGUCAGUAUCGGAAGUGUCUUGGUGUUCUUGGGAUGGGCCUAA